AUGACAGGCACGAUAAACAACAGCAGCAGCACUCCAGUUAGUAACAACCAGAGCGGCAGGGUCGGCGAAAACAGAUCGCUCCCGACUGAUUUGAAAACAAAAACAAUUUACUGCAUAUUAUUUGGCCGGCGAUCCAUCUUGGAACAGACCUGCGGACCACAGCCUAUUUACACUCUGCAACUUUCAAUUACCGCGGGCGCUCUUGUUGCCGCUGCAGUUUUUAUCAUUGUCAUCGUUGUCGCCAUCGUCAGGCAACCAUUGUUAUCGUCGUCAUUAUAUUACAUCCUUUCAUUCAGCAUCAUAAUACAUGUUGUUUGCGGAUGUGGAGAGCUUAGUAUCAACAUCAUGGACAGGCAGCCAGCCAGUCAGCCAACGACACUCAAUGAUGAUCUUUUCAAAUUUUUUCCAAAAAAUAUCAGCACCUUUCGAAAGAGGGAGAAUGUGGACAGAAAACUUGAAAAAAUGCAACUCUAUAAAAACAAAAUAUACACCAACUUAAAGUGA